AUGGGGGCCAUGAGGGCGAAGGCCAUCCUCCUCUUAGCCGCGCUGAGCCUUGCAAGGGCAGGGAAGAAAGUUUCGGUGAAGGAGGUGGUGUUCGAUAGCGCUGUAUCGGACAUUCAGUGGCUGGGCGAAGACCAGAAGACGGUCAUCACGCAGACCACCAAGGGGCGUUUGUACCGGAGCACCAAUGGCGGCGAGACUUGGAACGACAUCACAGACUACUUCAAAGUCGAUGUCCCUGGAUCGGCGCCGCAGCCAUUCACAGCGGAAUCGAUGUCCAAGAGCCCUGCGGAUCCCAACACCAUUCUGGUGUCAGGAAACAAAAAGACGAAUUUCAUUUCCAGCAACAGGGGCUCUUCUUGGAAAAAGAUCCGGCAGCGGUCGCAGAUUCACACAGUUAUGUUCCACAAGACGCGCCCGACAUGGAUGCUGCUGUCGACCUGGACCAGCACAUGCAACAAGAAAGACAAAACUAGCGCCCCAGCGGAGGGCGAGGAGGACGGCGGUGGUCCAUGCAACCACAUGCUGUACCUCUCAAGAGACCUGGGCAAGACAUUCAGUCUUGUGCAGAACUAUGUGGUGCAGUUCAGCUGGGGAGAUCCGUCCAUGGGCCAACAGGACAGGAUCUACUUCACGCACUUUAGGAAGAAGACCGGUGACCAGCCCAAACUGUACAUAUGGUCCAGUGACGUGGAUUUCGCGUACAUGGAGGCAGAGGGCAGAAGGUCAACCACCAUGGUUCCCAUGGGCAACAAGUUUUUGGUGUCCCACAAGUUCAUCUUCGUAGCCAAAGUGAAGGACGUGACAUCCCAGACUGUGAAUCUCAUGGUCUCGGCAGACGGCGGUCGUUCCUUCAAUGCUGCGCAGUUGCCCACGGAAAUUGACGAGAAGUCGUACACAGUUUUGGACACUUCUGAGGGUCUGGUCAUGCUGCACGUGAACCACGGCGCCAAGGAGAAUCAAGUGGGAAACGUGUACAUUUCAGAUGAGAAGGGCUUCCGCUUCACACUGUCUCUCCCAAAUAAUGUUCGUGGUUCCAACGGCGACUGCGAGUUCGACAAGGUGUUGAGCUUGGAGGGCGUGUACAUGGCCAACUUCAAGGACAUCCCGAAGUCUGGGGGGGACUCCGCGUCCGGCGCGGCUGACAAAGCCAAGGAAGCAGCAGCCGAAGGAGAAGCCCUGGAAGGAGAAGCCGCGGCCGGCACGGAGGUGGACAAGAGGAGGGCUCCGAAGAACAAGGCCAAAGAGGAAAGCGUGGUUCGCACCGUGAUCUCGUUCGACAAGGGCGGAGUAUGGUCCUAUCUGAAGCCGCCACGUGUGGACUCCACUGGCAAGCAGAUUGACUGCCCUCCGGAUAAGUGUUGGCUUCACUUGCAUGGUAUCACAAAUUUUCACAACUAUGCGCCCUUCUACUCCACGGAGAAUGCCAUUGGCAUCAUCAUGGGCACUGGUAAUGUUGGCCCCUACUUGCGCUUUGAGCCAGACCAGACCAACACCUACUUGUCCCGCGAUGGUGGCCUCACCUGGCUUGAAGCACACAAAGGUGCCUUCAUCUAUGAGUACGGUGAUCAUGGUGGGCUCGUCGUCAUGGCCGACGACGUGCGGAAGACGAAGCUGGUCGUCUUCUCUUGGAAUGAGGGCCAGAGCUGGUACGACUUCGAGCUCUCCUCCAUGCCCAUUGAGGUGGACAACAUCGUGACAGAGCCGAACGCGACUUCGACGAAGUUCCUCCUCUAUGGCACUCGUGGCGACACGGGCGUAAUGUACCACCUGAACUUCGAGACCCUUGGGCAACCGCUCUGCAAGGGCGUUUGGGCUGCCGACUCCGUGUCCUCGGACUAUGAGACGUGGAGUCCAUCCGAUGGAAAGAGCACGGAGAAAUGCCUCAUGGGGAAGCAGGUGACUUACACCAGGCGCAAGCAGACUUCUGAAUGCUUCAACGGCGAGAAGUUUGAGCGCCCGGUUAGCAAGAAG